UGCAAAACCGUCUCCAUCAAAAGGCUACAAAAACACAGCUUAUGCCAGAAUCAGAAGAAGAAGAAGAUGGGAGGAGGCUUCGGGCCCGUCGUGGCCAUGAUCGUGGUGCAAAUUGCGUUUACAGGGCUCAAUGUUUUGUGCAAAAUGGCAUUGGAUAGUGGGAUGAACCCAUUUGUGAUGGUCACUUACAGGCAGUUUGUGGCUACUACUGUCAUGGCCCCCUUGGCUUUUUUCUUUGAAAGGAAUACCAAAUUGAAAUUCAACAGGAAAAUACUAUUUCAGAUCUUCUUAUGUGCAUUCUUUGGGGCAACAAUGAAUCAGAGCUUUUACUUUGCAGGGCUCAAAAAAACCUCUCCAACACUUGCUUGUGCGUUGUGUAAUUUACUUCCAGCUCUUACUUUCGUCUUGGCAGUUCCUUUCAGAAUGGAGACAGUGGGCUUAAAGACCUUAGCAGCUCACGCAAAGAUUUGGGGAACAGUAAUGUGCGUGGGUGGUGCGAUGCUUAUGACGUUUUACAAAGGCGUUAUUGUCCCUUUGAAAUCAUCGGGCAUCCACUUGAAAUAUUCAGACUCAAAUUCCGAUAACUCCAUUGAUGCCCAAGAAAUGAUUCUUGGCUCAUUUUUUGUGGUGUUAAGCUGUUUAGCAUGGGCCAUCUGGUUCCUAAUCCAGGCCAAGAUGAGCAAGACAUUUGUAGCUCCUUAUACAACAACAGCAAUAACGAGUUCCAUGGCAUCCAUCCAAUGUGCCGUAAUUACAAGCAUUGUGGAAAGGGAUAUUUCAGCUUGGGCUUUGGGUUGGAAUAUCAGGCUUCUGGUUGUUCUUUACACAGGAGUUUUUGGAUCAGGGUUGGCAUUUGCAUUAAUGAAUUGGUCAAUUUCAAGGAGGGGUCCCCUCUUUGUGUCCAUGUUCGGGCCCUUGUUGCUUGUGAUGGUGGGGGUUAUUGGAAUACUUUUAUUCGAUGAGAAAUUGUAUUUGGGCAGUGUUUUGGGCUCAAUUUUGAUAGUAGCAGGGCUUUAUUCAGUACUUUGGGGGAAAGGAAAGGAGAUGAACAGUAAGGGUAUUGUGCCUACCAAUACCUCCCAAGAGAAAGUAGAUAAUGAAGGCAGGAUUGAGGGCAUAGUUUUGCCCAUGUUCUCUACACAAAUGCCUGAUAACCAAGAACAAACCAUUGAUUGUUCAGAAGAAGAAAGCUCAAAGGAUCCAGAGCUCUCUUCCAUGCACUCCAUUGAUUUCUCUGGAGGUUUAAGGACAGAUAAAUGAAACUAAGAGAUAGAAAAGAUAUUGCCAUAGUUUUAUUUUUCUUUUUAUUGUUAUUUUUAAA